UAGUAAACUUUUCGAAGUAUUGAUCAAAUGUUCAAGGCGGAAAAUAAUAAAAACACUUGUCGCACUCAGUUUAGAUUAUUCUUUAUUCAGCGUGUGCAGUGUGGUUUGCGAAGUAAUUAAUUAGCUUUCGCAUAUCAUAAAAUUAAUAAUAAAAAUAACAAACAGUGUUUGAAAUGUAUUAAAAAGGGCGACGUAUAAUAAGCGUAUCACUAUUGAGCUCGUUUUAGUAUUUACACAUUAUAUUAUUACUUCUAAUCAUGAAGAUUUUUUCCAUCGUCGCCAUCUCGGUGAUGUUGUGGAUGGUGGUGGCUUCAGAUGGGCAUGCAUACGAAGUGGACACCUAUGAUUUUCUUAUGCCAAAUGUGUGGCCUCAUAAGGAUGAACUAUACCUCUGCACGCCCAUACGUAUUUCGAGCUCAAACUUUUACAUAGUUGGGUUCCAACCGAAAGCUUCGAUGCAUACUGCUCAUCAUAUGCUGCUGUAUGGAUGUUUACAACCUGGAGGCAAUGGAUCUGUUUGGAACUGCGGCGAAAUGCAGAACAAUGACGACGAUAACCUUUACCCGAGAGCUAAUCCUUGCAGUUCUGGAUCUCAGAUAGUAUAUGCGUGGGCUCGCGACGCGCCAAGUCUUCAAUUACCUACUGAUGUGGGAUUCCUGGUCGGAGGGGAUUCCCCAAUUCAAUACAUGGUGCUACAAGUUCAUUAUAUGAGCAAAUUCCCAGAGGGCAAGACUGACAAUUCGGGAGUGUAUCUUAAAUACACCAAAGAGCGGCUGCGGCGGCAGGCGGGCGUGCUGCUGCUGGGCACGGGCGGCUACCUGCUGCCGCGCCGCGAGGAGCACAUGGAGACGGCCUGCGCCAUCACCGAGGACAAGGUCAUACACCCCUUCGCCUUCCGCACGCACACGCACUCUCUGGGUCGCGUGGUGUCGGGGUACGCGGUGGUGCGGUCCGCGCGCGGCGACCAGUGGCGGCUGCUGGGCAAGAAGGACCCGCAACUGCCGCAGAUGUUCUACCCGGUGGCGGACAGCGCGCCGCUGCGCCGCGGGGACGUGCUGGCCGCGCGCUGCACCAUGAACAACACGCACGCCUACCCCGUCAAGAUAGGUCCAACAAACAAAGACGAGAUGUGCAACUUCUACCUGAUGUACUGGGUGGAGGGGGAGGCGCCGCUGCAGAGGAAGUACUGCUUCACCAACGGCCCCCCCUACUACUACUGGGAGAACGCGCCCGAGGGGUUCAACCUCAUCCCGGACCGCGACGCCAGCCAACUCUAAAAUAACUUAUCUCAACUCUAAUACAUUAGGAAUAAGGUAUAUUUUAGUAUUGUAUGUAACCCUUAAUCCGUAUUCAACAACUAAAAUAUUAAUGUUCUAUGACGCGUAUCUACUUUUUUCUGAUCUGUAUGAUGACGUCAUUCAAUUCCGUAUUUCUAAAUUUACUUUUCAAUCUAUAAGUAAUUUGAACUCUAACACGUUAGUAAUAAGGUAUACUUUAGCACUGUACCUUCAAUAUAUAAGAUACUAUGCGGUAAUUAAAACUUGAGCUCGUAUUACGCGUUUUUACUUUUUUGUGCUCUAUAUGAUGACGUCAUUCUAUUCACAUAUUCACAAUUUACUUUUAAAUCUAUUAUGAAUUUGGAAUUUUUAUCUCGUUUAUGAUCUGAUAAAUUAGUCCCGUAAAUGUGAAAAUUUGUUACUGUCAUUGAAAAUAUUAUUUUGUUAAUAUUCAGUGUAUUCUUUUGGUUAUUGUAAAUUAUUUUUUUACAAAAACUUCACGAGAACCUCGAAAAUUUGAUCUGAUAUACUUUUGUGCCAAAAUUUCUCUGUGCAAUAAAACUAUGUAAAAAAUAUUGUAAAACAAUACAUUUAUAGCAUAAAUUUUUCGAUUCAA